GCUAACGAACCCCAGCUAGAAGUAAGGGACGCGCGUGACAACGAAGUUGCAUACGAAGAGUGAAACAUGAUAGUUUUAUAAAGAAUAAUGACGCCUGUGUUGAAGUGUCUAGUUUUUAUGUAUUGGUCACUACUACUGUCAUCGCUUGAGAAUAGACAGGUCAGGGGUCAGGAAGAACAGCGACAAGCAGUCUGCAGCUACGAAGAAAUCAGUCUAAGAUGCCAAAGUGAAGCUUUUCUUGCCAUCCAUGAAGCUAUAUUUACCACAGAAUUUCUACCCGAAACCUUCUCAUGUGUGCAAAAAGACUUGAAUCAGAGCUCGUGCACAGAAGAUCUACGGCCACCAGUUAACGAUGAAUGCUCGGGAAAGAACAAAUGUAGCUACAACUACGAAGAUUACGACAUGAGGACAUGUACAGGCAUUGGAGCUGUCAUCAUUAAGUUUGUGUGUGUACAAAGUAAGUUUUUUGUUUAUUGAGGACAUGUACAGGCA